GGUUGGGCGCCGCGAGGCGGCCGGGGACCGUUGGAGCGGGGAGGCUGAGGCGCUCGGCCGCCUGUGCCCGCAGAGCCGGCGGCGUGGCGGCGAGCGGCGGAGCGAGACCGGGCAGCCCCGGGACUCCCCUACCCCUGACCGCCGCCCCCGGGAGAGAUUGUCUUUAAAUGUUCGAAGAAGGAACUGAGCCCAGGAAAGUGAAAGUUGCCCUGAGAGACUUCUCAGUGUAAUCCAGAAUGAUUGAGGAGAGUGGGAAGAGGAGGAGGACAAUGGCAGAGAAGAGACAGCUGUUCAUGGAAAUGAGAGCACAGAAUUUUGAUGUCAUCAGACUUUCAACGUAUCGAACAGCCUGUAAACUGCGGUUUGUACAAAAAAGAUGUAAUCUUCAUCUUGUUGAUAUCUGGAAUAUGAUUGAAGCCUUCCGAGAUAAUGGCCUUAACACUUUGGAUCAUAACACAGAGAUCAACGUGUCUCGACUAGAAACAAUCAUUUCAUCCAUCUACUACCAGCUAAACAAACGCCUUCCUUCUACUCACCAAAUCAGUGUAGAGCAAUCCAUCAGCAUCCUCCUCAACUUCAUGAUAGCAGCAUAUGACAGCGAGGGCCAUGGGAAACUGACGGUAUUUUUGGUGAAAGCCAUGUUAGCAACUAUGUGUGGUGGGAAAAUACUGGACAAACUCAGAUAUAUUUUCUCUCAAAUAUCAGAUUCAAAUGGACUAAUGAUAUUUACAAAGUUUGAUCAGUUUUUGAAAGAAGUUCUAAAACUUCCAACCGCUGUGUUUGAGGGGCCUUCUUUUGGAUACACAGAGCAUUCUGUUCGGACCUGUUUCCCACAACAAAAAAAGAUCAUGAUAAACAUGUUUUUAGACACAUUGAUGGCUGAUCCACCUCCUCAGUGCCUUGUGUGGCUGCCUCUCAUGCACAGACUUGCCCAUGUUGAAAAUGUCUUCCAUCCUGUGGAAUGUUCCUACUGCCGGUGUGAGAGCAUGAUGGGCUUCCGGUACCGAUGCCAGCAGUGCCACAACUACCAGCUCUGUCAAAACUGUUUUUGGCGCGGCCAUGCAAAUGGUCCUCAUAGCAACCAGCAUCAGAUGAAGGAGCAUUCAUCUUGGAAAUCACCUGCAAAGAAGCUGAGCCAUGCAAUUAGUAAAUCACUUGGUUGUGUACCAAGUAGAGAACCACCUCGUCCUAUAUUUCCUGAGCAGCCAGAAAAGCCACUUGAUCUUGCACAUAUAGUUCCUCCUCGGCUUCUGACUAACAUGAAUGACACCAUGGUGACCCACAUGUCCUCUGGAGCACCUACACCAACAAAAAGGUUACAGUGCAACCUGGAUGCUGCCAGCCGGUUAGCGGACGAGCAUGCACUGAUAGCCACCUAUGUGACCCGGCUGCAGAGCGGUGCACGUGUCCUGGACAGCCCUGGCAGGCUGGACGAGGAGCACAGGCUGAUUGCCAGAUACGCCGCCCGGCUGGCUGCUGAAGCUGGAAAUGCACCUCGCCCUCCGACAGACCUGGGUUUCAGCUUUGAUGCCAAUAAACAACAAAGACAGCUAAUAGCAGAGCUGGAAAACAAAAACAGAGAGAUACUUCAAGAAAUUCAGCGUCUCAGGCUGGAACACGAACAAGCCUCUCAACCCACCCCUGAGAAAGCUCAGCAGAAUCCAACAUUAUUGGCUGAACUCAGGCUUCUACGACAGAGGAAGGAUGAAUUGGAACAGAGGAUGUCUGCUCUUCAAGAAAGCAGAAGAGAACUGAUGGUGCAGCUUGAAGGGCUGAUGAAACUGCUCAAAGAAGAAGAGCAAAAGCAGGCAGCGCAAGCAGCAGGCUCGGCACAGUCCUCACCCACCCAUGGAGCCAGCCGCCCCAUGCCCAUGCCCGUCAGAUCCACCUCCGCUGGCUCUACCCCAACUCACAUCCCGCAGGACUCACUCACUGGAGUCGGUGGAGAUGUGCAGGAAGCUUUCUCACAAGGUACAAGGAGGAACCUCCGCAACGACCUGCUGGUAGCAGCUGAUUCCAUCACCAACACCAUGUCAUCUCUGGUGAAGGAACUUCAUUCGGCAGAGGAAGAAGAUGAAGAAGAAACAGAAAAAAUGCAGAAUGGAAAGGACCGAGGUUAGGUAGACGACCACAGGUUGUACAGUAAUUCAGGCAUGGAGGGUCAUGCUUACAGUCAAGAGACGUCUCCCCAUCCUUUGGAAGCGGCACAUUUCAGCCGAUACAUUCACAUCAUGCAACUGUGACCGAUCUCAACCACCUGCUGACAAAGUGGCUUUCUCCAAACCACCCAGAGGGCUUUCCCCAUGGGCACUUGCCUCUUAGGUCAUUGCAUGUACUGUUUUCCUCCAUGUGUUUACUAACAAUAGUCAAAGUCAGCAAUUUAUGGGAGGUUUAAAAAAAAACCACAAGACAAAAGGAAAGCCAAUACUCCCCGCUCUUAAGUGUACUGACCUUCUUUGAUUUCCUCCCAAAUGGUGUCAUCAUCACGUCACACGCCGGUUAUUUCCUCUUGACUUCUACCCCUCGGUGUGCAUGAAAUGAUGAGUGUAGAGCCUCGUGGGGUGCCUUGCGUAUGACAUGGAGGGGUUCUGCCCUCCAAAAACCACCUUCUGAAAGUACCGCACUGUCUAUGGGUGUCUGGUUGCCAUUGUGUGCGAUGCCGCAUGUCAUCCUGGGAGGAAAUGGCAGGGCACAUCAUGGGCAAAGGGAGGCACUGUCUGCCUCCCUGUGUUCCUGGCUCUGCUGCUCUUCAGACUGUUACAAAAAUUUCCCUUUACAGGCAGGGAAUUCAGGGACAGCCAUUGCUAGGCUUAGAUUAGCAUCUCCACGUUCGUUUUCAGGAGUCCAGUUCAGUUUUGUUUAAAAUUAAGAGAAAUAACCAGGUUGUGGAGUCUGAGGCUGGCAGCUCGCUGCUCUCGGAUGCUCACUGGGCUUUUCUUCCAUAGCUGCUUAGAAAACAUCAUGAUCGGUUCCAAUCACUGGUGAUUUUUUUUUUUUUUUUUGGUGCUUAGGAAUGUUAUUUUUAGUGGAAGGAGCUGAGUGCCCUAAUGCAUCUAUAAAUAUUUAUCAAGGGUGAUGAAUGGAAAGGAGUGAUAAACCCUGAAACCAGCCCUCAGCUUUUCUUCCCGUCUGAACUGAUACAUGGCCUCAACUCUCGGUGGAAAGUGCUCGUUGGGUACCUACAGCCCUUGGGGAGAAAGAAAAUAAACAUAUGUAGUGGCCACAGAUUUGGUUGAAUAUAAAUAUUGUGAAUGAGCUGUCAAGAAGGAGAGGAAAGUGAUGAUAACCUGGUGCAGCAUGUUAGGUUUAGCCUGCCAAAGAGAGCAUGCUCGCAGGGACAGGGAAGGUUUCAUGUGUGUUUUCAGAUGAUUUUGCUGAAUGAGGACCUGCAGCAGCUUUGGUUGGAGCACGGAAAAUAGGAAUGUUUUGCUAGUGGUUGCACUCAGGAUGCUGCUGGGGUGGUGAAGGCCAUCGGCAGCUGGAGGGGUUAUGGCUGUGCAGGCAUGGGGGCCUUCCUCCUGCUGACCAGAGGUGCGAGGGGCCAGCGGGAUCUCCUGGCACCUCACGUGAGCAAGAACCUGGGGGCUCCCAGCCAAGCCCCACUGGGUCCAGUAUCAGAGCCACGGGUGUCUUUCAGGGAUGGGGCAUCUGCACCAGCAGUAGUGCCGGGGGUGGGGCUGCACCAUGGGGUAGCCUCGGCUGGUGACGGGAAGCCAUGUGGGAUGGUGGGGUGAAGUCAUCACCUCCUUAGAAGUGCCACAGCCCAAAUCAUGGCACAGAAAGGGAAGGCAGGGAUGAGUACACAUCUCCUUUCCACCAUCAGGGAAGCCCUUAUCACAGGGGACCAUCAUGUUUGCUGCUUUUAUCCUGUUAUUACUCACGCUGCGACUUUCCCUUCUCACUUUUGCUACCCUGACUGCCAGGAGGCGAAUCCUCCUGCUGCAGCCACCACCUCAUCCACAAGCAUCUCUCUGAUCCUAUGGUCUGGCUGCAGAUGGAGGAGAUGCAAGGUCGAGCACUCAGAGGGGGAACGUUGGGGAAAACCCCCCUGCCAGGGGUCUUGCAGCCAGCCCUGCCACACUGCAGGGCUCAUGGGGGGACAUGGAUGGGAGGCAGCCAUCGCUUCAUGGGCUGAUGCAAGCUCAGGUACGGCAGGGAGGGUGCUUGUGCCUCUCCUUCUCCCGGUCACAGGGACAGUGAUAGCCAGUGGAGCUGGGGCUUUGUUCGGAAAACCUGGCAGAAUCGAUGGGGUUUUGUACAGAUGCAGCCAGGAUGUUGUCUGUGUAUGUUAAAUGUGUCCCUUCGUGCCGUGGCUCUGCAUUACCUCACCCAUGGUACCAUUCAUUUUAGCCAGCAAAGCGUUUUAGCAGAUGUUUUAUAUUAUUGGUUGGCUGGUGCUGGCGGCUGCCGCGCUGGCUGCUGUGAGAGGACAGCCUUCGCCCAGACACCACCGGAGCAGGAGGAACCUGUGACCCCCCUGAUCUAAAGGGUUCUGGAAAGGCUGCAGUCCUGCAGUCAACGUGCACCCUGCAGCCAGCAACAGCAGUCCAGCACUGAGACUGCCAGAGAGCGAGAGCAUCUGCUAGCUGGGUCCAUGUGUCACAUCGCCAAGGCCUCAGCUGAAUUGCACUUGACCUCAUCAGCCUGCUGCUGUUGGCUUCCCUCCGCCACUGCUUGGAGGUGAUGGGGAUGAUGCCACAGGGUCCUCCCUGUCUUGCCCUGUGGUGCAUGGUGAUGCCAAGCAGAGCGUGGUUAACUGGCUUGGCCCGUGCCCUGAGCACGCUGUCAUGACAUGUCACCCAAGGGUGUCAUUUAGGGAGGUCACUGCUGGUCUCCAGACCUUGUCAGUGAAGCCCAGCUGGUGCAGGCCGUCCCAGUGCCCCAGGGUUUGCCCUUGACAUGCCACUGCUCCUGGCACUGGUCAGUAGUGGGGUAGGCAGUGGUCUCAAAGCACAUCUUGGGGCACAGACUGGUCCAGCCAAGCCCAGGAAGUACAAAGACAAGCACGGAUGCUGCACCACUUGUGGCCAGCAAGGGUGUUCCUGCAGAAAGGCAAGAUGCCCAGGAUUAUUUUGCACUCCAGUAACACCAGGCACCUCCACUGGUGACAUACUGGGACACUCUGUAGGGCAAAAACCACCCAGCACCCCAGCUUGCUUACAGUUAACUUUGGAACCUGCUUAUGAACUAUUGUUUGCCUUUGGAAUAAUCGCCUUAAAUCUCCCAGGAGGAACAGUUCUGGUUGGGCUUUAAUACAUGUCCCCAGGCUAUGCCCCCCUCCAGUGUUGCUGCACCCCAGCCCUGGCAUGUGCAGAUUCCCGAGGCCACGGCACCAUGCUGGGUACCGACUGCUCCACAGCCGCUCACCCCAGCCCUUGCUCAGCAUCCUGGAAGCUCCAUGGAAAUCUUCUCUGUAGAGCUGGAGAAGCUGCCAGGGCGGAAGCCGGGUGCAUGUGCAUGUGUGCAUGUGCCUGCGUGCGCUGCAGGCAGUGUGUCGCAUGCCAGUGCUGCUUUUCAGGAGAGCCACUGCAUCCGAGUGUUCCUGCCGGUGACUGCUCAGCUCCGAGGGGAUGGCUGGUCCCCAGCAUGGACCCAGUGCCUCAGCAGUGAUGGGUAGGCAUGCUGGCACUGUGGUGCAGCCAUGGCAGCUGUAAUUAAGCCCCUUUUUAAUUCCCACUUGGGCUGAGCAUGGCUGGGGCAGAGCUGUGGAGCUCACAGCACCUUCUCGCACUGUACAGAGCCGGCCAGCAGCGCCCAUCCAAUUCGGAUUGAAAUGAAACUUCAGUUUUCCUUGGGCAAAACCCACCUGACCCAGCAAGCAAAAUGCCACCUAAAAAUGUUUUCUCAUGGGAAAAUUACCUGGACAGAGCCAUGUCCCUGCACCGGCAUCCCCGGCCACUGCCCUGGUGUUCAGGGUUAAGGCCGGGGAGGGAACCCCCCAGUUUUCAUGGGGUAGGGAAUAGGACACUGUGCGAUAUGCCCCAUACCCAGCUGGUCUGUCAGUGAUGUGUGAGGGGAAGGCAGUGGCUUUGGCCACUCAUGCCAUCCCUCAGAGGCUCCCCAAGCCCCCACUGUGCCCAUGCAAAUGGAGUGUCCCCAGCAGCAGAGGCCAGCAGUUGGAAUCAGGGACCACACCAAGCUUUGGUGCCAUUCCCUAUUCCUGACACCGCAUGAGUGUGGCUGUGGGUGCAGGAGAGAGCAGGAGCAUCCCUGGGAGCAGCUGGCAAACCCAUGCUGGAGCCGAUGCUCUAAAUGUGGGGAAUGUCUUUUAACAGAAACCUGUAAACUGGAAGCCAUGUUCUGUCAUCUGCCAAAUAUUUAAUAAAUUCAUCUCAUCCCUAA